AUGUAAACGAGUUUGUCUUCUCUGCCUACCUAUGGAAUCAAAUCUUCUUCAUUCUUUUAUUAUUGAUGUAACAGUUGGAACAAAGUUGCAAACGAUUACCAACUGAUUUAAACAUCUAUCCAUAAAUCAUCUGUUUGGUUGUUCCCGUCAUGUGGGUUGAGGACAUUCUAGUGAUGUAUGCAAUCCAACAGGGGUAGUCCAGAUGAUAUUUUUUGCCACUUUUACUGUGAAAAAUGAAGCCAUGUAAAGCAAAUUAAGGUAUGGAUACACAAUGGAAACAUGACAAACAAGUUUGCCAUUUCUGUGUGAAAUGUCUGGUAUGGAGAACAAUAUUUCUUCAGGAGAUGAGUCAUGUUUUCUUUACUUUUUAUAUACCGGGAGAAAGAUAUUUUAUCAGCAGGGAUGUCAUUUUGUUUGAAGUUAUAGCAUUAGUCAAAUCAUGGGCACGUUCCGCUGAAAUACCAGCCCAAAGACCAACAAUAGAGUGUCAGUCUCUUUCUUUGGACAGCUAUUUCAAAUGGGUGUCCAGUGUCCACCCUCCCAAACCCUUGUCCUGCACUCCUCUGUCAACCAUGGGUCUCUCUUCACCUUUUUCUUUUUCCUCCUGCCCAUUCCUAGUCAUGGCCCACCAGGGAGCCCAUUUCAAAAAGGGUCCCUCCAUGAAUAGCACCAAUUAGAAUUUUAUAACUUUUUUUUUUUCUUUUUUUCUCUCUCCAAUCAAUCAGUGUAAAACUUCCAUGCAGAACUUCCAUGGUAUAAUUUAAUUUCAAUCUGCAGAACUUCCAUGGUGUAAAACUCUCAAGGAGCCCAGAGAUGAGUUUGUUCUUUCAUGCCUUACUUUCCCUGGAAUCAAACACUAGAAAAGAAUGGAAACACGAUUAACGAGUUUGAUCUUGUUUCUACCGUCUGUAAACAGUUGCAACCUCAGGUCCAAUAUCGCAGUCAAUUGUAUGAAGUUCAACAAAGUAGGUCAGUCCAAGUAAUAUCAAUUUUUGGCUCAAAAAUUCAUCAAAUGAACCAAUGAGAGCUUUUUACGUAUCAUGUGUCAUUUUCCCUUCAUAUUCAUCUGGUCAAGCACAUAUCAACCACAAAAAAAAAGAUAAAAAAAAUUAAAAUCCUCAGGAGAUGUCAUCGAGUCUUCAUUUUUUAAAAUUGGAUGGAUUUCUGAUUUGUUUAAGUUAGCAUGGUCAAACAGACGCAUUAUAGAACAAUGUUUUAAAAGUUGGAUCAUGGUAACGAUUUUGAUUCAUUCAAUUAUAGUUUGGCUAGUCAAAAGUUAAAGCAUAGCUACCCUCUUCAGCCAUGACUACCCUCUUCACCUUUUUCUUGUUCCUCUUGCCCAUCUUGCUUCUCCUGGUUAGGAGGAGGAGUUCAGCAAAAAGGGUCCCUCCAGGUUCCCUAGGACUGCCCAUAAUAGGCCAAAGCAUCAGCCUUCUGCGGGCAAUGAGAGCCAACACUGCUGAACAGUGGCUUCAAGAGAGGGUAAGAAAGUAUGGUCCGGUUUCAAAGCUCAGCCUCUUUGGCAAACCAGCUGUUUUUAUCUUUGGGCCGGCUGCACACAAGCUCAUAUUUGGCAGUGACGCCAACACUGUUAGUAACCAGCAAGCAAAGUCCAAUCAGAUGAUACUGGGUGACCGGAACUUGCUGGAGCUCAUGGGAGAAGAUCAUAAGCGUGUCAGGGGUGCUCUAGUGUCAUUCUUGAAACCAGAAUCCCUGAAGCAGUAUGUGGGAAGGAUGGAUGCAGAGGUCAGGAAUCACCUUCAGUUGAAUUGGGAAGGCAAGCAAAGGGUCACUGUGUUGCCCUUGAUGAAGGGCCUCACGUUUGACAUUAUUUGCGGCCUCCUAUUUGGGCUAGAGCAAGGAACCCGAAGGGAGGAACUUGUGAGCAGAUUCCAGCAGAUGAUAGCAGGUAUCUGGUCAGUCCCGUUCAAUUUGCCUUUCACACGGUACAACCACAGCCUGCAGGCUAGUUCAGAGGUUCAAACCAAGAUAAAGGAACUUAUACACGAGAAGAGGCAGGAACUUGAGAGGGGAGCUUCACCAAACCAAGAUCUCAUCACCCGCUUGCUCAGUAUCCGUGAUGAAAACAAUCAACAAGUGUUAUCCGAGGAUGAGAUUGUGCACAAUGUCAUGCUUGUCAUGGUUGCCGGGCAUGACACUUCAGCUAUUUUGAUUACUUUCAUGGUGCGGCUUCUGGCUAAUGAUCCCCAUAUCUAUGCAGCUGUUCUUCAAGAACAAGAGGAGAUAGCAAAAGGCAAGGCCCCGGGUGAGUUCCUAACAUGGGAAGAUCUAGCAAAGAUGAAGUACACAUGGAGAGUAGCAUUGGAAACUCUGAGGUUGUAUCCUCCUGUUCUUUCUACCUUCAGGACUGCAAUGAAAGAUAUCAAGUUCGGCGGAUACACCAUCCCUAGGGUGGAAGAUACUCUGGGUUUCAACCAUGACCCACAUGGAUGAAAACAUAUUCACAGAGCCAACAAAGUUUGAUCCAACAAGAUUUGAAAACCAAGCAUCAAUUCCACCCUACUGCUUCAUUCCAUUUGGAGGGGGCGCUCGGGUAUGUCCAGGAAGUGAGUUUGCAAGGAUUGAAACCCUUGUUGCCAUCCAUCAUCUGGUUACCAGGUUCAAGUGGAAGUUAUGUCACAAUGACAACUUUUUCAGCAGGAAUCCAAUGCCAGAACCAACUGAAGGACUGCCAAUCGAAAUCAUACCCAGAGCCUAAAGCAAUAUGGAUGAGAGCAAAUCAAACCAGAGUAUGACUCUUAUUGUCUCUUUUGCUAUGAAAAAGAUUGUGGUCAGUUGUUGUUAAUUACUCAUCACCGUGGCAUUGGACAUACCAAUGCAAAAUAAGUUGAACAGAGUCCAGAAUAUAUAUGCUAUAAAAAUAAGAAUAGCGGGUUCGCAUCGUUUUGUUUGCAGCCUAUUCAUAUGUCUAGUACAAUAACUGCAGCUUCAUACUAGCAAUUCACACAAAUAUAUACACUCAUUUACUA